CGUUACCAAGCCAAGUGGAUGAGUUUGUUCAUGUGCCCCUCGUCUGGAGAUUAUUCAUUUCACUUCUACAUUCUGUGCAAUCGUGCAAUAGUUUUUUUAUUGUUUAAUUAUUAUUUCAUUUUUUCUUUAACGAAUGAGUAUAAAGUGCUAAGUUUAAUAUCACAACUGCCGGAUUAAGGGCUGUGAGUUGCAAAACUGUGUGGAGAUAUUCAUUUAUUGGAGUGUGUGCAUUAUCGAAAUAAAGAAAGGAUAUCACGGGAUUUUUUCCCAAUUCUAAUCGAACUAAGAGAAGUACUGAGGAUUGAUUUUAAAUACUCGGUGAAUUGACGUUGAUUAAUUUUUUUUAUAAAAAAAUAUACGAUAAAUAAAGAAAGAUGGGAGCGCGACACAGCAAGAGGUCUAUGGACGUUACAACAACACCCAAAAAGGAGGGUUUACCCGCUGAGGGUGGUGAUGCUGCACCAGUUGGUGAUGGCAAACUCGAGAGGAUCGAGGAGGCCGAUGUCAAGCCAACUACCAAUGGCGUAGGUGCACACACAGAGGCUAGCGAGGAUAAAGACGCUAAGGACAAGGACGCGAAUACGGAGAAGGAGGAGAAAAAGGAGACAACGGACGAUGAGGAGGCAAAGGUAGAGGAGAUGAAGGCGGAAACGCCGGCUGAAACACCGGCCGAAGGUGGUGAUGCAACGACACCAACUGAAGGCACACCAGCCAGUCCUACCUCCGCAACAUCACCAGAUACAAAGGAAUCCAAAAAGAAGGAGAAGACAAAAAAGAAGUGGUCCUUCAGGGCGAUAAGUUUUGGAAAGAAGGACAAGACCAAGCCAGUUCGUGAGGACGCACCCAAGAAUGGUGAUGUCAGCAAAGAGGAGCCCCUUGCUGAGGGAGGUGAGGAAGCCGAGACAAGCCCAGCAGAAGAGAAAUCAACCCCAGCGAGUCCAACGGAGGCAGUACCCCCAGCAGACCCAGUGGAGCCAGCCACCCCAGCAGUAGCAACAACCAAUGACAAGAAUGAGGCAUCCUCAACCCCUGCCCCCACUCCCGUCCCGCUCGAGGCACCCAAAGACGAUGAGAAAGCCGAUAAAAAACCCGAGGUCAGUCAAGUGCAGGCCGCAAUAGUAGAGCCAAUGGUAGAAGUCACAUCCAAGUCCCAGCCAAUCGUAACAGCGUCUAUCAUUGAGAGGAAAACCAGUGAGGACUUCCCGUCCCACCUUCCAUCGAGUCCACCCCCGACACCCAUUGACCCAUCGCCCUUACAGCAGGCACAGCAAUCAGCUGCCCAUGCUAAUCAACUUGCUGAAGCACUCAAAUUGCCAGCUGUGUCAAUAGUCCAGACCCAGUGUGAUAACGAUUCGAAUAAAGAUGUUGAUGAUGUAAUCGUUAAGACUGAUAUCAAACAUUCAGAGACGAAUGAAUCAUCGACCGAGGAUGAUAAAGAGCUUGUGGUAAUGUCUGAGGAGGGUCCAGUGCCAGUAACACCUGUUGAUGAGGUUUCUAGUGUUCCUGAAGUGGCUGGCGGUCCGAAGGAAAUUCUCCCAGAGCCAGAGCCUGAGGUAAUCGAAGAGAUAGUGAUUGAGGAGGUGAAUCAAGUGGAGGAGAACAUCCCUGUGGAGGAGGUCGAGGUGGAGGUGAUCGAGGAGCCUGACGUUCUGGUGUCACCACCACCACCACCACCACCAACAGAUGAGAUUGAAAUUGUCGAGGAGAUUGAGACUAAAGAGGAAGUUCCUCCACCCCUUCCAGAGUCCCCCAUUCCAGUUCCCAAAGCUUCCUCAGAACUCCUCAACUUCAUGUCCUCACAGAUAUCAGACACUCCACCUCUGUCUUCGAUAAUCGAUUGUGCUGCUGUACCACAGGAGACUGAUAGCCCACAGGAUAAAUUGGAGAAGACUGAUGAGACUGAAGUUAUUGAGACUAACGAAAUUACAAAUGAAACAGACAAACCACAAGCUAUUGAUUCUCAAGAUGUCGAUGAUUUACCACCACCAGUUGAUGAUUAUUCAGAGAGUAAACAUGAUGAUAGCCUUCUCACACCACCACGCAGUCCCAGCCCCUCGUCACUCCCAUCACCCUCUGAUGAGUCCUCAAAUGUUAACGAUAAUAACAGCAUUAACAAUGAUAGAACAGAAACAAUUAAUAACAUCAAUUGUCAUAACAAUGUCAUUGAUAAGGAGGAUAGACUUGCUGAUAACAACGUGGAUAAGAUGCAGUUUCCAUUAAAUUACGCAGACAUCGUGAAGAAAGACCAGAGCAUAGCCGAGCCGGAGGCACCAGUCGAGAAGGUCAGCGAGGUGACGACAGAAAAAAUCGAGGAAGCCCCCAAGAGCCCUCCACCAUCUGUUCCAACUGAGGUUUCUGCACCUGCACCACCUGUCAUCACUGAGGAUGUUGCAUCAGUCAUCAAAGCCAUCGAGGAAAUUGACAUUAACGAGAAGGCAGUCGCAGCGGCAGUGAACGAGAACAUUGAGAGUGUCAAUACGAAUGAAAUAAUUGCCGACAUGAAUCACCAAAACACCCUGAAGGAAUAAGCGCCGCUAAACGAAUUUGUAUUUUGGGAAGAAGAAACUUUUUUUUUCUCGUUAAAGCCAAAAAAAAAGUAUAUUAUAUAGAUAUGUAUAUUUGGACCAUUCCUGCAAACUAAACUGAAUAACAAUUUCUUUCGUUAAUGAGCAGCAACAGCAAAAACACUGAGGAAAACACCAACAAACCCAUGAUAAACUGAUGUUGUUGAACAUCGACCAAGGGCAUAAGAACCAAUUCUUUCGUUUUUAAUUAUAAAAAGUAUAAAUUUUAUUUCAAAAUUCGUAGGGCCUAUUAAUUGUACAAUUCGACAGGCAGGGGUGGUGGAGAGAUUUUCAUUUCCAAAAUUAUCAAUUAAUAACAACUCAUUUUUAUUAUUAAUUCACCAGUGAAGUUUUUAAAUGUAAACAAUCGAUUUGUCGUUAGGGAAAAAGGUGGAAAGGCAUUUUUUGUUGGAAAUUUUAUUCUUUACAAAAAAAAUCUUUUGACAUUUUUCCUUAAACAGUUAACGAAACCCCCAAAUGAACUUAUUACGUUGAACCUUCACUAGAAUUCAAACGAUUGAAAGAAAAAAUGGAUAGGCAACAAAAAUACAGCAGGCGAUGAGGUAAUUUCACGAGUCAACAUCUCCCCAAACAAUUGACUGAAAUUAAAACCACGAAUAACAUCGGUUGAUCCUCGAUAAGGAUCAAUCCCUGCAGAUUUAAAAAGACGAAAAAAAAAUAUGUAGAAAUUUUUAAAGUGUCAUUAAUUGUUAUUAAGAUAAUUCUAAUGGGAAAUAAAAAAAUUAUUAAUGUAGCAAUGAGACGAGCGAUAAAAUUCGUGGGCGAAAGAAUUAAUUAAUUGAAAGAGCUGAUUGUAAGUGUGUUUUGUUCAGUUGGCUUAAUCAUCGUAUUUACCUCAUAAAAAAGAAAAUACUCAUAAGAAUAAUAAGGUGAAUACGAGCGAGUGAAUUGAAUACCCUUGGUGUCAAUAAUUGCCACGAAGAAUGAUCAAUGAUCGAGGGAGUUGAGAGGAUAAAGGGCGUGAGUGGAAUUUUUUUUGUAAGUAAGAAACGAAAUAUGUGUGAGAGACUGAAUGAGGCAAUUAUCGAUUGAUAAGGAUUGAUGAGUGAAGGGUACUGAGCCAAUACGUGACACACUGCAUUAAUUAUCAUUUUUUCGUGCUCGUGGAAUGAACACUCGAUCUAAUAACUUCUGUUUUUAAAUUUUUAAUUACGUAGAGAUGGUUGAAGGAGAUUAGUAAGAAAGUGUUUCCAUUAUUUCGCGAUUGUCUCCCAAUUAUUGAGUUUAGGAGAAAAUGUCAUUUUUGUAGAUUGUGAAAUUCUCUACAAAAGAAGUCUUCUGACAUUCUCCCCUAAACUCAAUAGUUUAGGAGAAAAUUACGAAAUAAAUUGCAGCCUCGAUUCACCAAGAGAAAAUCCUCAAAAAAUCUACAUCCCACAAUUUCGCCAAUAUCUUUGAAAGCAGUGGGUUUACGAGAAAAUGUCAGAAAACAUUUUUUCAAGAGGAUUUAAUUUCCGACAAAAAAUGUUUGCUGACAUUUUCCCCUAAAAGCCAUCCUUCCAAAGUUAUUAGCCAAGAAAAAUCUCCUUCUCUACUUCCCUACCGACUCGCCACUUCAAAUUCUCCCUUCAUUUCUCAAAUUUUAUUAAUUUCCUUCAAUUCGCAAUUACAAGAAGCUGCACACUUCCACAAUGCAAAUGCACGCACACAAAUACGAAAGAAAAAUUUUUACGAAACAAACAUACGAUUACAGUAAGAGCAACGUAAGUGAUAUAUAAUCUAGACGUAGAAUGAAAAAAAAAACGAAGUUAAAAAAUCGUAUGUGUAAAUUCAACGUUCGAGGGGCUACUUCAUUAAAGAAAAGACACUUUACCCAACGACGAAAGCCUAUCGUAAUUUUAUGAUAAUCAUUUAAACAAAAUGAAUGAAAGAAAACGAAGAAAACAACAAGUGGGAAAUAACCCAAAAUAUCGCCUAAUUAAACGUAACAAAAAAUGUCAAAAAAUCGAUUAAAUUAAAGUAACGAGACCCGCACAAUAUUUACCAUCCCCCCGAAAAUACAAAAAAGUAAAUGAAUAAUACAUUUUUCAACGUUUUUACUACGAUGUUUCUACGUUUAUACGAAUCUUCAAGAGAGAGAGAGAAAAAAAAAUGAUGAAAGGAGGAGAAAAAAGAUAAUUAAAAAAUAAUUGCCUACAAACGAAUUUUGUUGAUAAGGGCCGUAGCUUAGAUAACGCAUAUAUGUAUAUGCCUCACAUCGGAAAAUAUUUCUAAGUGUUAGAGUCUUCUUUUUUCAUAAUUUUUCUUUUUUAAAAAUAAUAAAAUGAGCGAUUUACUCGCAUUUGCAUUGAUUUUAAUGGAUUUAAUUUAACGAAUAAAUAAAAUGAUGAAUUAAAAUUGAAUGAUGAUGAUGAUGAGGGGAGUGGAGAGGAGGGAAGGGGGAAAACAAUUUUGAGGAAAAAAGUGUAUAGUAAAAUCUUAACUAUAUGGAGUUUAAUUAAAUAUUGUCCGUAAUGAUAUUUACAACGAAAAUGGAAAAAUGAAAUGAGAAAAAAAAGUGAUGGAAAUUUCGAUGUUUCGUUUGAGGAAUUAUCUCAAACGAGAUGGAAAAAACUUUUUUAAUUAAAAAAAAAAUGAAAAAAAUUAUGAUGGACCUGAGGUGCCUGUGUAGCAUCGUCUAUCAGCCGUCUGGGGUGUCUCCAUUCCGAUUAUAAUUCCAUUUUUCAAUGAUUGAAUGAUUGAUUCAUCGGUCUGGGUCGCACGAGCUGAUGAGUUUUUUUAUUUCCUUUGUAUUUUCUCCUUUUGUUCUAUUCAGUUUCUUCGAGGGGUGGAGACACCCUGGACGUGAAAGUACCCAGUCUUCAGUAUCUUCGAUCAGCAGUUAUGAUAGUAACUAUUCUACAUUUAUCUAUAUCCUAUAAUAAACUGUGAAACAAGUGUA